AUGCAAAGCUUACUCAAGAUGUUCAACUUGUCCAAUGCUCCAACCGUCCCACUGGACGAGGAGGAACUGAGCGGGGAGGCUGAUGAGCCGCCAGACGAUCGGCUGUCCCCUCUCAACACGCAGUUCAGUCGAGAUGCUCUUUACGGCAGAUCUACCGCGCCUAUAAACCCUCGGCGUGAGUCGUUACUGACUCGUGCCAUCAUGGCGGAAUCGAAGCAUGAAGAAACCUCGACUGUGUCAACAAGUGUCUCCCGUGGCCUAUCAACGACUUCUUCGCACAGCACCGGCAGCAUGGCUUCUACCGCAGAGCUGACCAGCGACGGCGAUGUCACAAGCCCUUCACGAUCGACCACCCCCAGCCCUCCUCCUCCACCCGGUCGGUUCUCUCAGCUCCUUGGACACAGGAAACAAGGACUACCGACCUCCAAAGUGGUGAUUGCGCCUGUCACGAAGGAUGACAAACCCGCCGUCGCUGAUGUCGGCGAGGCUGCGGUAGAGAAGACGCUCGGACGGAAGCGUUGCAUCAUGUUUGCUUGCGCGGAGCCGGAUUCGGAGAAGAGCAAAGACAAUGUCUCGUCCACUAAAGAGGCUUCCGCCGAGCCAGAAGUCCCUAAGCGGAAGUGCAUGCUCACCUUUGCCUGCCCCACUCGACCGAGCUCCGACGAGAAGACGCCCGCUUCUUCGAAACUUGGAGUCGAGCAGAAAUCUUCGCGUCGUCCCUCUCCUGCACCGACUCCUGCGUCCACGCGCAGAGCAAACUCUGGAUCUGCAGAUCUUUCUGGACGAUCAGUCGAAACUGCCAAGCCGUCAUCCCCUGAGCGCCUUCGACCUAAUCCUCCCCCACAUCAGCCGUCCUUCCAUGAAUUUGGCAGUUCUCAUGACGAGACUGAUUCAUGGGUUGACAGACCGACCACCCACAAAACUAAGCUUACGCUAGAUGAUUGCAUGAAGAAGGAAAUACGUAUCCGGGACAUCGGUCGGGAAGCCGAGGAGGAGGCUGAAGAAGAAGAACGUGAGCAAGAAGAACUCGAGGCGGAGCUUGACGACAAUGACAAUGAAGACGACUUUGCUCCCUCGGACGAUGGCACCGCCUCUGAUGGAGGUAACGAGUCCGAUGACGAAGGCGGAUUUGCUGACUCGGAUGACGAGAGUGAUGCCGGCUCUGACUAUCAGUUCUGGGCGCCCUCUAACAACUUCGCUCGCGGCAGUAUGGAGCAUAUGAACCUACGUCACUUCAGCUCCCGUCAGCAUUCACCUGCAAGCUCGAUCGAGUCGUCGACUCACUGGGGCAGUCCACAUCUUCAUUCCAGAAGAAGACAGAUCCAGCGAUGGCGGCAGCGCGCAGGCCAGGCUGUGCGGAUGAGGCCUGGGACUCCAGAGUUGCCGGACAGCACUGAUUUCGUCUGCGGGACCUUGGACGAAGAUCGGCCACUGGAGGCAGCCUAUAUUUCCUGCCGUGAACAGAAGAAACGAGAAAAGCACAUUCCAGUUCCGCAGGACAUUGAUCCGAGCUUUCCUACCACCGAUCCGGACGAGGAGGAGGAUGAGUGCGAUGAAGAGGACGUUGAUGAGUUGCACCACAGCUCCGAUGGUGCUCGUUGGCUGCAAGGUCAAUUCACCGGCUUCGAGAGUGAUACGCGGGGACGUCGCAAAUCGCCAGUCUUAUCGCCUGGGCCCCACUCGCCAAUGGGACAGGCUGCCCUCCAUUCAAGGCCGGAGCACCGGCGUGGAACUCUUCGUUCACCACCUCCGCCGAAGCAUGCCGUUGCACGGUCCCCACCGCCUGCACGCAAACUUUUCGGUCAUUCUCCGACAAGACUCCGGUCGCCUCCUCCCGCACGGCUUCGAUCGCCCCGUGGGUCUCCUACCUACGUAGGGUUCCCUGCAAGGAUGGGCACCAGGGGUCUCGCUCAACGGCCCAACAUGGAACGCACUGCAUCACUUCCAGAUACACCCAAUCCAUUUUUCAAGAACUUCAACAUCGGCAGUCCUUCCAUCUCUAAUGUGGCUUCUGGAGCGGUUACACCGGUGCCUGAAGGAGUUCCUCGACUAGACAUGCAUGUCCGUGGACCGGUUGACAUUGUCAUGGGACUGGAGAAGAAACGCCAGAAACGGAAACAAAAAUAUCUGCGCCAGCAUUGUCGCAAGAUGAAAGAACAGGCGGAACGCAGGCCAGCUCCCGGCCGUGGUGCCGAAAGGAUGAAGGAACUUGGUCUUGAGUGUGCUGAACGUAUGAAGGGAUACGGCGUCGGUCAACAAACGCAGUUGGUGCUUUCGCUCUAG